UAAACCAAAAAUAAACAAAAGGAGCCGCCCCCUCCCUGGUCUGGACUCCUCUCUGGUUGGCUCAGUCACUCUUCGCCGGGGCUGCUCCUCACUGCCGCCUGCCUGCCAGCCGCUCCCACCGCCCGCGGACAACAUCCCAGCGAGUGAACAUCCAAACUCAGUCAGUCGACUUUCUGCCUUCCCGCUCCACACUCCUCCCCGUUUUUCCUCCGUGCAGCAGCAGGACUAACACCGUGAGCUCGCUCCUCUCCGUAGCCGCUCGCGUACCAUCGUCAGUCGGCCACUUGGUGCCUCACAGACCCGCACCUCCUCCCCGCACCUACCAUUACUACCUCGCCUUCCCCGACUUCUUACCCGGAAACCGGUGUGCGAUGACGGUUGAGGCGAGCGCUUGAGCGCGGCUCCCACAGGUGUGUCUGAGCUCCAGGAAGCACACCUGGCUGGAGUGACCAUGGGCGUGGAACAACAUUGACCAAAAACAUUUUUCAAAUUGUUGAAGACUUUCCCCCCUCCCAUCUUUUCCCUGCGCUUAUACCGUCUCGCCUUCCUGGUUGGAGCUAGUUUGCAGCGAAAUAGUGCCUUUCGGAAAGGAGGAUGUGAACUUGCUUCUUCUUCAGCUCCUGGACUGUUCCCUUGCCUUUCUCACAGAGUCGGGGUUCUUCAUGAAGCCGGGUGUCAGUGGCGGUGUCCAACUAAUUGGCUAAGUUAGCCCGAGGCUGUCGGCUCGUGAUUGACGUGUCAAGUCAAGGAGGUUUCACUCUCCACACCAACACCACCAUCUUCCCCAGAUUUUAUAAAGACGCCCCUCUACCGAGUGCUCCGCCCACCUCCUCAAAGAGACACAGCCUGCUGGACAUUGACCCCGCCCAUCUCCACAGUCCUGCCAGAGAGAACACUUUGAAUGAGAGCCGACCGAGAGCGUGGAGGCAAAUUGCUUUUAUGAAUGACCUUUCCUGCACAUCCAAGGAUCUCUCUGCUAGGAUUCCAUCUAUUGUUGCUGCUGCCAAUGCCUUCUUGAAUUAAUCAUUGCUUAUCAAGUGUCUGAGCCCAUCUGUCUGAACUUGGUCCAUUUCCAUUGCUGACCUCAUAAAGACAAACAGAUGGCCAGCUGGGUUUCCAUGCUUCUCUUCCUUGCCUGCCAGUGGACCUCCAGAGCCCAAAAGGCCAGCACUGCCUACCCAGAGUUCCCCUCAGAGACCCCCAUCAACAACGUGGUCCAGGACCCGCGCACGGGCCGCGUGUACGCGGGAGUCGUCAACGCCAUCUACCAACUGGGGCCGUCUCUGCGGCUGGAAGCCCGGGCAGAGACGGGUCCCAAAAAGGAUGCCAGGACGUGCACGCCGCCGGCUUCGGCUUGCCAGGACACCAAGCUGAUGCCAAACAUCAACAAGCUGCUGCUGGUCCACCCGUCCAACGGUUCCCUCAUCGUGUGCGGGAGCCGCUACAGGGGCAUCUGCUCCUUACAGAACCUGUCCAACGUGGAGCAGCAGCUCUACUACAGCGACAACAAGGGCGAGAGGACUUAUGUGGCCAGCAUUGAGGACAACGUCAACGUGGUGGGCGUCAUGUCCACCUUCAUCAAAGAGCAACACAAGUUGGACGUGUUCCUGGUGGGGAAAGGCUACGGCAGCCAGGACAGCACCAAGAUCAUCACCACCAGGAUUCUGCAGGACUUCCGGGAGUGGGUGGUGUUUGAGAGCAUCAUCGAGGCCUCCACCAUUCAGACCAUGCCCUUCGGUCCGAGGUACCUACAUGACUUCAGGCACGCCUUCUCCGCCGACGGCUUCGUUUACUUCGUCUUCUCAAGGACUCUGGACGGCAACGACAACAAGAACCUGACCUUCGUGUCCCGUCUGUGCGAGAACGACCACUAUCUGUACUCGCACACGGAGCUGCAGCUCAAUUGCGGCCAAGAUAACCGAUACAGCAAAGUGCACGCCGCCUACGUGGCGUCACCCGGGAAAGAGCUGAGUCGGGUCAUGACAGAGUCCGGGGCGUACGAGAAAGUUCUGUUUCUGGUGGCCAGCUCCGAGGACGAGCACAGCGAGUCGGCUCUGUGCAUGUACACGCUCAGCGCCAUCAACGAGCGGCUGGUGGACAUCAUCACCGCCUGCUACUGCGACUCGGGGAAGAUUUCAGGCGUCCCCGUCGUUGACAUCCCAUACUCCACCAAAACGGCGGAAUUCUGCACAUCGAAAAUUGCUAAGGACACGUUAGAACAGCACAAGUGCGGCGGAGACUUCCUGCCCACGCCUUUGGCCAGCAAGCCCGAAUUCGCCUUGAAGUCCAACGCGGCUUUGACCAAGCCCGGCCUUCUGACCGCCGUGGCCAUCGCCGUGGAGAACGAUCACACCGUUGCCUUCUUGGGGAACAACCAGGGAGAAGUCUUCAAGGUACACCUGACAUCCCAUCCAUAUGUGUACGGCAAGGCUCCUGGUGACACCUUGGGAGAGAAGGUCAACAAGAACCUUUUCUUCGACAUGGACCACAGCCACCUCUACAUCACCACUGAAAAAAAGAUCACCAAGGUGCCCGUGGAGACGUGCCUCCAGAAGCAAGACUGCCAAUCUUGCGUGAAUAUGAGGGACCCUUACUGUGGCUGGUGUGUCCUGGAGGGCAGGUGCACCAGGAGGUCUGAGUGCCGGCGGGCAGAGGAGAAGAAUGGCUGGCUGUGGAGCCCCAGGCAGCAAUGUGUCAAGAUUGUCUCCUUCUACCCGUCCAACCUCUCCUGGAAGAAGAGCCAGAAGGUGACGAUCAACAUCCCUUUGCUGCCCGCCAUCGGCCCUUCGGACCGUCUGCAGUGCUCCUUCAAGACCUUCCAGAGCGAGGGCGUCAUGUCGGAAUCCGGCCAGGUUUCCUGUGACCUGCCCCGCCCCUCGCAAAUACCGCAAACACCAGAAGACCAAGACUUCGUGGCCGUGCCUGUGAGCAUUUUCGUCAACAAGACGGUGGAGUUGGCCAUGCGUGACUACCAUUUCUACAACUGCGCCGCCACCGUGAAGAAGUCUGAAAACACGCCGUGCAUGUCAUGCGUGGCCAGUCUGUGGGGCUGCCAGUGGAACACACGGGACCACACGUGCAGCGACAUGGACGACGCCGUGCAGGACUCCAACGUCAUCAAGCACCGACAGGGAACAAAGUGUCCUCGGUUUGAGAAUCCUGACCCGAUGCUGAUCUCCGUGGGCCACAAGAGUGCAAUCAGCUUCGAGGGUAUCAAUUUGGCCCUUUACCAGGGGCGUGUCUUCACCAUCGGCACUGAGCUCAUGCGGAACGUGGAAGAGGAGGUCAAGUUUGAGGGGGGCGGAUCUUUCUACAGCUUCAGCGGAUUUAAUUUUUCCUACAACAAGUCACAGGAGACCAAUGUUGUUCUUUACGUGAAGGACAAGGAGCUGGGCAAGAAGAUGGACAGCACGCUAAAUGUCACCCUGUACAACUGCUCGGUGGGCAGAGAGGACUGCAGUUUGUGUAAGAACGCCGACUCCAAGUACACGUGUGUGUGGUGCCACAAACACAAGGCCUGUGUCUACGAGAAGCUGUGCACUCCCGAUGCCGCCAACGCAGAGUGUCCCGCCCCCAAAAUCACUGAUAUCCUCCCUCGCUAUGGCCCCCGAGAAGGUGGCAUCGCCGUCACCAUCCGCGGCUCCAAUCUGGGAGUCCGCAAGGAGGACAUUAAACGCAUCACUGUGGUUGGGGAGCCUUGUGUUCAUCAGCAGGACAAGUACUCUGUGUCCACCAGUGUGGUAUGUGUGAUCGGCCCCAUGACCCCCGGCAACGCGUUGUGGGGCCAAGUGGAUGUGGAAGUCAAAGGUGGAAAGAAAGGAACAUCCUCCAUGUUCUUCACCUACAGGGACCCGAUUCCUCAAGCGGUUACACCAAGCCGAGGUCCAAAAGCUGGGGGGACCCUCAUUACCAUCACUGGAAGCUUUUUGGACACCGGCAGUAAGGAGGACAUCCAUAUCACUGUUGGAGGAGUGGGCUGCACUGUGGAGCACUUUGGAGAAGAAAUCACCUGCAGGACAGGAGAGUACCGAGCUGAUAAGGUGCCCUCUGACCCCCUCUCCGUCACCAUGAAGUAUGGGACGAGCACCUUGACCUCGGUGCCCAGUGCCUUCCAGUUCUUGGAGAACCCGACCGUGCUGGACCAUCAGCCCAAAGCAAGCUUUGUCUGCGGCGGCAGAAACAUCGUCGUGACCGGUUCUGGUUUCGACAUCAUUCAGCGAGCCGUCAUUAAUGUCCGGGCAGACAACGUGACAUCAUCUGAGGUGGCCCAUGAGAAGAGCGACACCGUCAUCCAGUUCCGCUCCCCGACAGUCAACGGAUCGCUGAGUCAGCACGCCAGGACGUACAUUCAGCUGGACAACUGGGAGAAGGAGCUGAAGACCUUUGACUACCACCAGGACCCCGUCUUCUACGAGCUUCCCAAGAGGCUCUUCACAGAGGCCAGCAUCAUCAUCGUCACUGGACGAGGCUUCUCCAAAGCCAUGACGGCCAAGGAGGCUAAGGCCUUCGUGGGCGACGUCCCCUGCGUGGUCAACACUCUCCAGGACGACAAGCUCUUCCUGGACCCGCCCUCCACUCAGCCCAGCACUCGCUCCCGGAGGCACCGCCGCGACACUCGGCCCGAGUUGCUGGAUCUAAUGGUCCAGUUCGGGAAGGGGGAGUGGGUGGUGGGCUCGGUGCAGUACGAGAAGAAGAACGAUUUGUCCCUCUACAUCAUCAUCCCUGCUGUCAUCGUGCCAAUGCUGCUCAUCAUUGCUAUCUCCGUCUACUGCUACAGGAGGAAGAGUCAACAGGCGGAAAGAGAGUACGAGAAAGUCAAACACCAGCUGGAGAACCUGGAGGAGAGUGUGCGAGAUCGCUGCAAGAAAGAAUUCACAGACCUCAUGAUCGAAAUGGAGGACCACACAAACGAGCUGAGCGAGGGUCGGAUCCCCUUCCUGGACUACAAGACCUACACGGACCGCGUCUUCUUCCUGCCCUCCAAGGACGGCGCCAACGACGUGAUGAUAACGGGCAAGCUGGACAUACCCGAGGCUCGGCGGGCCACCGUGAUGCAAGCUCUCAACCAGUUCUCCAACCUUCUCAACUCCAAGACUUUCCUCAUCAAUUUUAUCCGCACCCUGGAGCGCAGCAAUGACUUCAACGCCAGGGCCAAAGUCUACUUUGCCUCCCUGCUGACGGUGGCGCUCCACGGGAAGCUGGAGUACUACACGGAUAUCAUGAGGACGCUGUUGCUGGAGCUCAUGGAGGAGUACGUCCACAGCAAAAACCCCAAGUUGAUGCUGCGACGGUCAGAGACGGUGGUAGAAAGGAUGCUGUGCAACUGGAUGUCCAUCUGUCUCUAUCAGUUCUUAAAGGACUCGGCAGGCGAGCCCUUGUACAAACUGUUCCGAGCCAUAAAGCACCAGAUCGAGAAAGGACCUGUGGACGCCCGUGUGAAGAAAGCCAAGUACACCCUGAACGACACAGGCCUGCUGGGCGACGACGUGGAGUACUCUGUCCUGACCCUGCAGGUGCUGGUGCACGGCGAGGGUCCAGAUGUGACGCCGGUCAAGGUUCUUAACUGCGACACCAUCUCGCAGGUAAAAGAGAAGAUCAUCGAGCAGGUGUACAGGAACCUGCCCUACUCCUCGCGGCCCAAAGUCGACAGUGUCACGCUGGAGUGGCGCCCCGGCUCAACUGGGCAGAUUUUAUCCGAUCUGGACCUGACCUCGCAGAAAGAGGGCAGAUGGAAACGCAUCAACACCCUGGCUCAUUACAACGUACGCGACAACGCCACACUAGUCCUAUCUCGGGUGUUCCACACGCAGCAGAACUACGAUCAGAACCAGGAGAACCACGAGGAGCGGAACGCUCUGCUGGAUGACGACAAGGUGUUCCACCUGGUGAGGCCCGCCGACGAGCUGGAUGAGAUCAAGUCCAAACGGGGCAGCAUCAAAGACAAGUCAAUGACCAAAGCCAUCACAGAGAUUUAUCUCACAAGACUGCUGUCUGUCAAGGGAACGUUGCAGCAGUUUGUAGAUGACUUCUUCCGUAGUGUGCUGUGCUCCGGGGCGGUGGUGCCGCCGGCGAUCAAAUACUUCUUUGACUUCCUGGACGAGCAGGCGCUGAAGCACAACAACGUGGACGAGGAGACCAUCCACAUCUGGAAGACUAACAGCCUGCCGCUACGAUUUUGGGUGAACAUCCUCAAGAACCCCCACUUUACCUUUGAUGUCCACGUGUCGGAAGUGGUGGACGCUUCGCUCUCAGUCAUCGCCCAGACCUUCAUGGACGCCUGCACCAAGAGCGAGCACAAGCUCAGUCGGGACUCCCCAAGUAACAAACUUCUCUAUGCAAAGGAGAUCUCCACCUACAAGAAGAUGGUGGACGAUUACUACAAGGGCAUCAGACAGAUGGUCCCUAUCAGUGACCAAGACAUGAACACUCAUCUGGCAGAGGUGUCACGGGCUCACACAGACAAGCUGAACACUCAAGUGGCUCUUCAUCAGCUGUAUCGGUACGCCAGCAAGUACUACGACGGGAUCAUCUCCUCCCUGGAGGAGGACCCGGCAGCGCAGAGCAAGCAACUGACCCUGCGGCUGCAGCAGAUCGCAGCCGCCCUGGAAAACAAAGUGACGGAUCUCUAAUGUGGAGAACGGGCCGGGUGGGGUAAUUGCUCGAAUCCUGCGAGCGAUUGCGCGGGGGCGGUGAAAACACGGGAAAGACGGGCUGUGGUCGUUUCUGCAAAACAGACAACAUUCCGACAAUAUUUUCUUGUGCGGCGUAUCGCUGAGAUGCAAACGGAGAGCUGAUGACGUGUCGCGCAACGCAAAGGUACGCCUUAAAGCUCACUUGCCAAACCUUAAAACAAAAAAGAAAGACUCAAGUCCGAAGUAAGCCCCUGUGUGACGCACUGGCGCAGGAGAUAAUCAGAUGUUCUGUUUCUUUUCCUGUGUAGAAGAGCUUUUGAGAAUUGUAUGAUAUAUAUUUUUUAAUUGUCUUUAUGCAGAAAGCUUUAUAAGGAAACACAAAAAAUAUGUUUUUAAAUGGAUGGCCUCGUGGUACGAAUAGUGUUUUUAUUCGAUGUUGUGUGUGUGUGUGUGUGUGUGUGUGUGUAUGUGUGUGUGUGUGUGUGUGUGUGAAGUCAGGCGUGAGGUCCAGUAGACCAAAGUGUCCCCACGUGAGGACAUCAUGUACAGGCUGAUGUGAAUGAAUAUGGCUAUAUUUGUAUUUUCAAGCCGUGUGCUGGCGCUUGUGGAAAACCACUAAGAGCACAAGAGUCUGUCUCCCUUUAUACAAAACCCAAAACCAGUGAAGUUGGUACAUUGUGUAAUUCGUAAAUAAAAACAGAAUACAAUGAUUUGCAAAUCCUUUUCAACUGAUAUUCAAUUAAAUAGACUGCAAAGACAAUAUAUUUUAUGUUCAAACUGAGAAAGUACUUUUUUUUUUGCAAAUCAUUAACUUAGAAUUUAAUGGCAGCAACACAUUGCAAAAAAGUUGGCACAGGGGCAUUUUUACCACUGUGUUACAUGGCCUUUCCUUUUAACAACACUCAGUAAACGUUUGGGAACUGAGGAGACACAUUUUUUAAGCUUCUCAGGUGGAAUUCUUUCCCAUUCUUGCUUGAUGUACAGCUUAAGUUGUUCCUUUGUCAUAUUUUAGGCUUCAUAAUGUGCCACACAUUUUCAAUGGGAGACAGGUCUGGACUACAGGCAGGCCAGUCUAGUCUUUUACUAUGAAGCCACGCUGUUGUAACAUGUGCAGAAUGUGGCUUGGCAUUGUCUUGCUGAAAUAAGCAGGGGUGUCCAUGAAAAAGACCUUGCUUGGAUGGCAACAUAUGUUGCUCCAAAACCUGUAUGUACCUUUCAGCAAUAUCGAUGCCUCCACAUAUGUGUAAGUUACUUAUGCCUUGGGCACUAAUACACCCGCAUACCAUCACAGAUGCUGGCUUUUCAACUUUGCGCCUAGAACAGUCCGGAUGGUUCUUUUCCUCUUUGGUCCGGAAGACACAACGUCCACAGUUUCCAAAAACAUUUUGAAAUGUGGACUCAUCAGACCACAGUACACUUUUCCACUUUGCAUCAGUCCAUCUUAGAUAAGCUCGGGCCCAGCGAAGUUGGCGGCGUUUCUGGGUGUUGUUGAUAAAUGGCUUUGGCUUUGCAUAGUAGAGUUUUAACUUGCAUUUACAGAUGUAGCGACCAACUGUAGUUACUGACAGUGGUUUUCUGAAGUGUUCCUGAGCCCAUGUGGUGAUAUCCUUUACACACUGAUGUCGCUUUUUGAUGCAGUACCGCCUAGGGAUCGAAGGUCACGGGCAUUCAAUGUUGGUUUUCGGCAUUGUCGCUUACGUGCAGUGAUUUCUCCAGCUUCGCUGAACCUUUUGAUGAUAUUAUGGACUGUCGAUGGUGACAUCCCUAAAUUCCUUGCAAUAGCUGGUUGAGAAAUGUUGUUGUUAAACAAUUUGCUCAGGCAUUUGUUCACAAAGUGGUGACCCUUGCCCCAUCCUUGUUUGUGAAUGACUGAGCAUUUCAUGGAAGCUGCUUUUAUACCCAAUCAUGGCACCCACCUGUUCCCAAUUAGCCUGUUCACCUGUGGGAUGUUCCAAAUAAGUGUUUGAUGAGCAUUCUUCAACUUUCUCAGUCUUUUUUGCCACUUGUGCCAGCUUUUUUGAAACAUGUUGCAGGCAUCAAAUUCCAAAUGAGCUAAUAUUUGCAAAAAAUACCAAAGUUUUCCAGUUUGAACGUUAAGUAUCUUGUCUUUGCAGUCUAUUCAAUUGAAUAUAAGUUGAAAAGGAUUUGCAAAUCAUUGUAUUUUGUUUUUAUUUGCGAUUUACACAACGUGCCAACUUCACUGGUUUUUGGGUUGUGUACUUCAGUGCCAUGGUACAUUCCACUUCUAGCAAAGCACAGAAGAACAUUUCACAUGUAUUCCUGUUUUUUGGGGUUUUUUUACAUUUCAUGUCUUCGCUGCUAGCCCUCGUAUAAGUCAAUCCCAACACUAUCUUGUAGGACAUUUUAAUGAAAACAUUUUAUUAACUUGAGUUUUUAUUUGGCCGCUGAAAGUCAAAGUAGAAUUCAGUAAGGUUUUGUUGUCAUAGAGUACGCGUUUAUCACUUUGAAAGAGUUUCAAGUUGACCGUUCCUAAUUGUAUUCAUUCCAAUGGGGGGGGGGAAUUAAAACCAGAGUUUGACGUGUUUUGUAAUCAUCCGACAAAAUAUGUCACUUUUCUGCAUUUUUGUACAAAAUUCUGGCGUAAACCGCCGACUCACUCACCCCGCAUCCCAGUAGCAGCUCAGCAAUAGAACCCUCGUAAAAGCGUGGUGAUUUAUUUGUGUUAUUACUGAAAUUAUAUUCUUUCUAAUGUGGAGCUUUCUGCCUCUAAAAGCUAUGAAAUAGCCUUCGCUCGUGCUCACCUGCCAGGUGUGCAGUCGCUACUUCUUUCAACGGUACACAUGCUUUGUACACAUUUGUUAUUGUGCGGAAUCAGGGUGGAGUGGCUGAGUAGGAGUGACGUUUAAUGAUAUUUGUGUGUGCACCGCCACGCUUGUGUGUAUACCUGUCCACGCUUGUGUGUGUACCUGUCCACGCUUGUGUGUAUACGCCUCAUGACGCCUCACCUGACCAUGCCUGUGUAUACCUCAACAUUGGGUGUAUACUUGACCGGGGCUGUGUGUGUACCUCACCAUACUUUUGUGUGUGCACGACAAUGGAUGACCAUGGUUGUGUGUGUACCUAAACACGGUUGUGCGCCAUUUUACCGACUUCUGUGUGCACUUGACCAUGGUCGUGUACACCUCCUUGUUGUGUGUACCUAAUCAUGGUUGUGCACCACCUGGCCAUUAAUUUGUCUGUGCCACACCAUCUGUGUGUAUGCACCUUAUCAUGUUUGUGCACCACCUGAUUAUUAAUUUGUCUGUGCCACACCAUCUGUGUGUAUGCACCUAAUCAUGGUUGUGCACCACCUGACAAUUAAUUUGUCUGUGCCACACCAUCUGUUUGUAUGCACCUAAUCAUGUUUGUGCACCACCUGAUUAUUAAGUUGUCUGUGCCACACUAUCUGUGUGUAUGCACCUAAUCAUGUUUGUGCACCGAUUAUUAAGUUGUCUGUGCCACACCAUCUGUGCAUAUGCACCUAAACAUGGUUGUGCACCACCUGACCAUUAAUAUGUCUGUGCCACACCAUCUGUGUGUAUGCACCUAAUCAUAGUUGUGCACCACCUGACCAUUAAUAUGUCUGUGCCACACCAUCUGUGUGUAUGCACCUAAUCAUAGUUGUGCACCACCUGACCAUUAAUAUGUCUGUGCCACACCAUCUGUGUGUAUGCACCUAAUCAUGGUUGUGCACCACCUGACCAUUAAUAUGUCUGUGCCACACCAUCUGUGUGUAUGCACCUAAUCGUGUUUGUGCACCACCUGAUUAUUAAGUUGUCUGUGCCACACCAUCUGUGUGUAUGCACCUAAUCAUGUUUGUGCACCGAUUAUUAAGUUGUCUGUGCCACACCAUCUGUGCAUAUGCACCUAAACAUGGUUGUGCACCACCUGACCAUUAAUAUGUCUGUGCCACACCAUCUGUGUGUAUGCACCUAAUCAUGGUUGUGCACCACCUGACCAUUAAUAUGUCUGUGCCACACCAUCUGUGUGUAUGCACCUAAUCAUGGUUGUGCACCACCUGACCAUUAAUAUGUCUGUGCCACACCAUCUGUGUGUAUGCACCUGAUCAUAGUUGUGCACCACCUGACCAUUAAUAUGUCUGUGCCACACCAUCUGUGUGUAUGCACCUAAUCAUGGUUGUGCACCACCUGACCAUUAAUAUGUCUGUGCCACACCAUCUGUGUGUAUGCACCUAAUCAUGUUUGUUCACCACCUGACCAUUAAUUUGUCUGUGCCACACCAUCUGUGUAUAUACCUGACCAUUGUGUGUAUACCUUAUCAUGGUUGUACUUUACUUGGGCAUGACAGUGUAUACACUUGACCGUGCGUGUGCGUGUGUGUGUGUGUCCCUCGCCAUUUUGUAUCUCACAAUGGUUGUGUACUCAUACCCGUUGCGUGAGUGUGUAGGAGUGUGUGUGUGUGUAUAUAUAUAGCUGUACCUCACCAUGCUUGUGUACUCCUCCUCAUUGUGUGUAUACUUAACCAUGGUCGUAUGUAUACCUGACUGUAGUUGUUUGCGUUCCUGUGUAGCUGACGAGCAUAGCAAGCUCCAGAGACCCCCUAGAAUGUUAAACCCUGCCUCUGCGGUCACAGACCUCGGGCGUGCCCUGACAUCUGGACGAACAGCACUUGGCCCCGCCCACUCUCUGCCACUCACCCUGAUGGCAUCAUGGGGUGGGGUCGGAGGCGUUGGCAAUUGAUGCAGGACGCUUCUUUCAGAGCCUUUCUUUGACCAAAAAAGUGCCUUAUGGAUUAGGAGGACGCAUGUGACGUUUCUACACGAUUCUCUCAGUUGCCUAGGUGACCACGACGACGAUAGCGCUAUAGACACAGCAAUGUACUCGGACUUGUGAUAGGUGCGCAAUAUAAUGAUGGACGCUCUGCUGCUGCAGCAGUGUGUGUGUGUAUACGUGUGUGUGUGUGUGUAUACGUGUGUGUGUGUGUGUGUGUGUGUGUGUGUGUGUGUGUGUGUGCGCGCCAAUUGAGUGGGGGGGGUAUGAUAUGAUUAUUGAUGGAUUGCAAUAUCAAUAUUGCGUCUCGCCCCCGUUUGCCAAUAUGCUGAAAACAUUUCAUAGUGAUUUCUUUGGCAGUUUUGACGUGUGCGUGUUUCCUUUUGCGUGUCUGUGACGUGCGCUUUGUAGGCCCCUCCCCCACCCAACCCCAAAAAAACCGAUGUAAAAAGUAUCCAACGUGAUUUGGACGUCCCAUAAAAACAUUCCUAAAUGCGUCCCAAAAAGGGGGUUGUUCAUCUUCUGUAGAUGUGAGUGGGGCGGCAAAGUGUUCCAGUGGUGUUUCUAUUGUAUUCCUCCACAGCGCGUGUGAUGGAUGACCUCUACCUAUACUCCACAAAUGACCUUUCUUACUGCUGUGCAGUUAUUAUUUUGAUUUGUUUCUUAUAACGUAUCGAUCUUUGUAAAACAAUGUUGAAAUACUGUGUUCUGACUGUAUAAUCCUAUGCAUUGAGUCCUGGAAGAAAAUAAGAAAAGACA